UCGCGAAUUCAGAAAACUUGUUUUAGGUUAUGUUUGUUUGUAAUUGAAGUUUGAAUAACUUUCCAUAAAUUUUGCUUGUUUAACUUUCAAUUUUUGAGUUUAUAAACUGUAAACAUUAGAUUCGAACUUGUUUAAAUGGUUCUUUUUAGUCUAGUAUUAGUUUAACACCAGUUUUGGAUCAAGUUCUAGAUAUUCAUGGUGUGAUUAUCAAUUAACUAAUCAUCAAGUCUACAUUUCAUGUGAAAUAAAAUUUUAUAAUUUAAUUAAGUAUACCGAAAAUGAGUCAACCGUUGGAUGCAGAACUGUUGGAUUUGACCAAGGAAAACAUUCAACCACUCAAACACGGCAGAAGAGCUGAUCAACUUUUCACAGCUCUACAUGCUGAACUUGAUACAAAUGCACAGAAGAAGUUAGACGAACAAAGAGAACAGUUUGAGCUGGCGAUUCGCAUGUAUGAAGGUGACGACCCCCUGGAGCCGAGAUACCAGUUCGCUCAUUGGAUCGAGCAGACCCACCUGAAGCUGGGUCCAAACAGCAAGCUCCUCCCCCUACUCGAGGACACCAUCAACCUGUACAAGGAUGACCAGCGCUACAGGCAAGACCAACGCUUCAUCGAGAUGCUGGUCAAGUUUAUAAACGCCCAAGUGAACCCCAUCGAGCUGUACCAGUUGUCCUACAACCAGGGCCUGGGCACGAUGUGUGCCAUUUUGUACCAUUCGUGGGCCGAGGAGUUGGACCAGAACAACGACUGGAGGCGCGCCAACCAGAUCUACGAGUUGGGCAUCAUGAACCGAGCCGAGCCACUCGACAGACUCAAGCAAGCGCACCAACAAUUCCAGCUGAGCGUCGGGCGGCGCAUGAUGAACCAGGAUGAUGAAGAGGAAGAGGCAAGUAGCACGGUGAAGGCACCGUGUCGGCAGGCGUUCACCAAGCUGAAGAAGGCGCAGGUGAAAGGCACGCGGCUGACCACGCACGUCAAUCCGGGCAUUCUCAAGCUGCAGCAGCCUCUUAUCAGCAACAACAAUCGGCAAGCCGCCAUACCUAUAUACCAGGAAAAUAAUGAAGAUAACUUCACCGGUGGAAGUUCGAGGGCGCAGAUGGAUCUGUUUCCGAAGACAGCUGUGAUCAACAAGGAGAAUUCGGUGAAGGCUGGUCCUUGGCGGAAUCCGCAUGGCAGCAAAAGUAGAAGCACUGCUGCUGCUCCUCCACCCUCCACUCCCAGUUUUCAUGUGCACCAAGACGCAGAAGAAGCAAAUAAAACAAACUACCAGACUCCGAUUGUUCCGCGAGCGCUGAAGUCGAUCAGAGCGAUUGACAUAGCUUGCCCCGUGGCCAUCUUUGAGGCACCCGAUCCUACCAAGAAAGUGAUGUACGCCAAGCACAAGGUCUAUGUCGGAGGCCGCGAAUUUCAGCUGGAGGAAAUCAGGGCUGCCAUUUACAAUAAACGACACGCUAUUCAAACUGGCCAAAAGGACAUGUGCGAAUUUCAAACACCAAUGAUCCACUUUGGGAAGAAGAGCAGCGCCUCUUGCCGUUCCGUGGCCCCGGCGACCGCGAGCACUCCGCAUCCCGAGCCCAAAGCGCUUCCCGUCCGACUUUUCGCUGACGACAGCGAUAAUUCCGACGUGGACGACGACAAAGAUGGCCAAAGCAUCAAGUUUUACCGAAACGACAAAAACCUGAUCAGCGAUGACGUCAUGGGCUGCGAGGUAGGAGUGGAAAAGUUGAGCUCUAGCGGACAUGUUGAUGAGCUUGAAAUUGCUGAGUCGGAAAAAUUGGCUUUGGCCACAAAUGGCAACGAUAAAGUACCUGAAUUAGAAAAUUGUGAUGAAGAACCCAACCACGAGAACAUUGCUACAAGCUUGGAUCCCACCUUCGAAAAAUUGAAGAUUUCUCAAGAAGUGCCUUCUACCUCUAACGACAAUAAACACGUACCUGAAUCCAGUAACUGUGAUAAGAAAAUCAACCAAAAAAGCUCAAGAAGUACCGAAACAGAUUCUAAACCGGCAACUAGUUCAGCAGUCGCAUCAUCCUCCCGAGGUUUUGUCAAUGGAUUAGACUUGGAUAAGCUCAACAUCUCAGUCAAACAAGAAAAAGUUGGCAGAGAAAAAGACCCUUCACUGGUGAAGAAGAAGAGCAGCUCUAAUCUAAGCGAACAGAAACCUGACCGAAUGAAAAUUAAAAAGAAAACUAAACCUCCCUCGGGUAUGGCGUUUUCCAUUUUCACUGAAUAAUUUCCAUCAUAAGACAUAGAACCUGACAAUAAGACUUUCCUAGAUUGAAGGUUACCAGUGAUAAGAAGGCUUUUGGUGAUUGACGAUUUCUGUAAGUAAUCAAUGGACUUCCAUACAAAUUUCUAAGUUAAUUUUCUCAAAAGUCAUCUUUGUAAAGUUAUCGAGUGAUAGUGUCUCCAUGUCUUACAUUGAAAACCCUCAUCAACUUGGGUAGUAAUAAUUGCUAAGUAGAAUAUUUUAAGAAGUUUAAUCUCAACGAAUUUUAAAUGUUAAAACAUUAGGGAGUUUUCCUCAGGGUUUUAAAAUUUUGCUCAACUGUAUCGAAUUUGAAUAACAUAACGCAAAUUUUACCGUUAUUCAGAAAUAGUCUACAUAUCUCAGCAUAGAGAAAUCAUAACUAGUUCUAUAUAUCUUCAAAUAAUUGUUCUCAUCUUCAUCUUGUUAUUUUUACUAUUUCAAUUUGUUUAAACGUUCUACGUAUUUUUCAGAACUGCAUUUAGAGUGUUAUCUUUCCAGUAGUAACUACGACUAAGUUUAGAAUUCUACGUUUAUUUUUGUUAUAAAAGUUUACAUUCCAGUUUACAUGAACGAACCCCCUCUUAUCUGGUGGCAUUUUCUAAAAAUCAUAAUUUGUAUUAUAUCUACUUCUCAUAGAGCAGUUUACAGUUCAUUAGUGGUAAUUUAUAUCAACAAAAUGUAUUAUGAGUUUAUCCUAGAGAUUAAUAUAAAGGUUCCAUGACUGUGAAUAUUGAUGACAAACGGGUAAUUUGGAUAUGUCAAAAAAGUUCUCACCUAAGGUACUAUUUUCUAGAUCUGGCUUUCCAUAACAAACAGUUUAUUACUUUAGUCCAUUUUUAUGUAUAUUUUAGUUGUACUAACCAUUAGAUUCUAGCUGUAUACUGCCAAUUUAUCAAUCAAGCUCGUGGCAUUGCAUAAUUUUAGCAAUAAAACUCUCUUUUCAUCACUAUAAGUUUUUAUAAAAGGUUUAAAUAAAUGUUUGACUUUUUAAAUGACUUUGAAUAAUUUAAAUAAUUAUGUAUUCGUCUGUUGAAUUUGUUUAGUUUCAAGUAGUUUAAUUUAACCUAGUAUAACAUUCACAAUUCACUUUAUAUUAUUUUAUGGUGAAUUGGAAUAAUUCCUCUGUAGAUAUUCGAAUUACAAAAAGUUGUAUAGAUUUUGAAAUAAAAUUCCAAUUUUUCUUUAA